CGCCCAGCGGAGGCUGCGGGAGAGAGAGCGAGCGAGCGAUGGGCCGCGGAGCUGGGCGCACGUUCCGCGGGGACACAUGCCACGCGUGUCCCAGCCGGACGCUCAAUUAGCAUCCGCCUCUGCAGCCAGCCGCCACCGCCUCCCGGCCCUCUCGGGCUGCCGUGGAGGGGAGCUCCAGCGGUUGCCUUGCUCCGGCUGCGCGCAUUGUCCUCAGGGUCCUCUUGCCAGGGCUGCUGCGGGGCCCGGGACCCUCGUCCCACGGACGCACCCCCGCCACCGGUCGGCCCGGCGCGGGGCUCUGCUAGCCGAUCGGUGAGCCCGCGCACCCGGGCCGCUCUCGCCGGGGCUUUUCCUGCGGAACGGAGGAAGAGAAGUCUACCCGCCCAGCCCAGCCUUCUCCAACGCGCAGCCCCGACGGGGCCGCGGCAGGCGCGACGAGGGCGCCGACGGAGCCAUGAGAGAGUACAAAGUGGUGGUGCUGGGCUCGGGCGGUGUGGGCAAGUCCGCGCUCACUGUGCAGUUCGUGACAGGUUCCUUCAUCGAGAAGUACGACCCGACCAUCGAGGACUUCUACCGCAAGGAGAUUGAGGUGGAUUCGUCGCCGUCGGUGCUGGAGAUCCUGGACACGGCGGGCACCGAGCAGUUCGCAUCCAUGCGGGACCUGUACAUCAAGAAUGGCCAGGGUUUCAUCCUUGUCUACAGCUUGGUCAACCAGCAGAGCUUCCAGGACAUCAAACCCAUGCGGGACCAGAUCAUCCGCGUGAAGCGGUACGAGCGCGUACCUAUGAUCCUGGUGGGCAACAAGGUGGACCUGGAGGGCGAGCGCGAGGUCUCAUACGGCGAGGGCAAGGCCCUGGCCGAGGAGUGGAGCUGCCCCUUCAUGGAGACAUCCGCCAAAAACAAAGCCUCAGUGGAUGAGCUGUUCGCAGAGAUCGUUCGGCAGAUGAACUACGCGGCACAGCCCAACGGCGACGAGGGCUGCUGCUCGGCCUGCGUGAUCCUGUGAGGCGCCGGCUGCCGCCGGGCGCUGGCCAUGCUCUGUGCACAAAGCCAAACACACCCGAUUCUCUUAAUGUGAUUGUCUUCUCGCUUUGAGAUUGGAGACGACUUUGUAUUGGCCGGGAUGUCUGAGGAACCUGGCUGACUUGCGUGGCCAGCAUCCCCAGCCUUCAGCUAGGGUCCGAGGGGGUGUCGGUUCCUGACCAUCCAAGACCCUGAUGGAAAUGUGGCUUUUUUUUUUUUUUUUUUUUUUUUUUUUUUUUUUUUUUUUUUUUUUUUUUUUUUUUUUUUUUUUUUUUUUUUUUUUUUUUUUUUUUUUUGCAGCGUGUACGUUCCUCAUUGAUUUCGGUUCAUGCAUAAUUUUUCCCGUUUCAGUAGCCAUCAAGGCGCAGUAUUGGCUGCUUGACACCGGCAAGCAAAAGUUUCAAGCCUGAAAAAGAAAAUGGGGGUGGGGAGGUGGAGGAAGUGGAGGGGGAAGAAGGAGGCGGUGGGGGAGGGUUCCCCCAACCAACUGUUCAUAGUUCCAAGUUCUAAACACAAGGAAGGAGGUCUGAGAAAAGCAUAUGAAGGAGCCAGAGGAGGGAAAGAAACAUGAUUUUUUUUCCCCCUUGUUUUCCAGGAUUAUUUGGAAAUUAAGACCAGGGGUUCCUUUUCUGCCAGCUUGGAAGGGCAACCCAGGGACUGAUUACGAUUCUGAGGAUGUCUAUGCAAAGUUGGGUUCUUGUUACAGUGUAUCCCAUCUGAAGUAUUGCACAUGUGAACUGGGACUGUUAACACUGACGCCAAUACAGUGUGGGGUGCCAGGAAGUGUCUGCUGAUAUUUGUGGGGGGAAAAAAAUCUAUUUUGAUUACCUACUGUAUCAAAGGGGAGUCUGGGGGAGAAUGGUAGUAUUUUUUUUUAAUCAGCUGUGAAAAAAUGUUAAAAGAUCUGCACAUUUUUGUGUGUGCUAUUAUGUGUGUGUGUGCUGUUGUGUGUGUGUGCUAUUGUGUGUGUGUGUAAGUAUAGCUUUUUGUGUGCGUGUGUGGUUGGCAGUGACAGAUUUUUGCUGACUAGCUUUUAAAAAUACAAUACAAAGACUUCGUAAAUGUGAUUCAGGGCCCCCAGCACCCCUGUGUCUGCAGAGUGCCUUCAAACUCAGCUGUUCCAGCCGGUGCCAACCUGUGAAUUCCCACCAUAUCCCAGAAUCUGCUGUUCUGCUGCCCCCCAAACCACUUUAAGUAUCUUCCUGAAAGAGCCAGGACAAAUGGGGCCUGUUAGUCCAUCAAUUGCUUCAUUAAUUUUUAGCUUUCUUAAUGUUAAGGUCAUGUCUCAAGUGUUUUUCUCCCUUUCUUCAUUUUGCUCAGAUUUCAGGUUUUAGCUCCCUUUUCUGUUGCAUUUGGAGUGUCUCUUUGUCAUUUGUCUAAGGUUGUCCUCCAGACGCUAAGAGCAGAAUUUUAUUGUGAUGUACCGAGAGAAUUGUAACAAAUUGUAACUUUUAAUUCCACUCAUUUGGUCAUUGUCUCUUCCUUUUAAAACUUUUAAUACAAAUGUCAUUUUUAAAGAAACCCCAAACUAUUUGUGUUUUUGUGUUUUCAUAUUCAGUGAUGUACAGUAUCCAUGGUAACAGUGUCAGGUGGAGGUGGACCUGGCCCGCCCAGAGUUAUUUGUCGAAUUUUUAAGAUAGAAUUAUUUCAGUGACAAACUGGAUGACAAUGUUUCCAAGUUUUUAUUUCAAAGUGGAGAAAAAUUAUCAGGGUCUAGACAUACCAUCCGACUCCCCAGAGGAGGAAGUGUAUUGAGUCUGUUCUGCUGACAAUGAGCCAUGAACUUCACUGUUAGAGCAAAGGAGAGAAGCGGACUGCUAACACCCUCUUCGGUCUGGGAAAGUUACAUCCAUCCAGGCGAAUAGGGGAUAGCUUUUUAUUUGUCCUGGUUUUGUUUUGUCUGUUUAUGUCACGCCUCCAUCAGAAGUGUUCUUGAUUUGGUUCUCACACACAGUGUCUCAGCAGUCUUUGGAAUGUGCUAGGCUGGCUGUUAUCUCAGUCCUUCAAAGAUUUCAUUUGGAGCCAAAUCAUUAGGUUCAAAACAAAACAAAAAGUAAUAAACCAUGUAAAGAGGAUUCUUUGGCUCUCUUUAGUUUGUGGAUCAUAUUUGACCACAAGCGUUGUUUCUUUUAACAAGUAGGAGGCAAAGCGCGAGGAGGAGGCCAUGUGCGUUGUUACUUUUUCUGUGUAUUUUCCUUGGGCUCUCUAGUACAAUAAUCUUAUCUGUAAGAGAUGAUAAUGUAGGUUCCUAAGGCAAAGCUGAAGCCUGCAGAGUAUUAACCGAGGAAUUUACUCUUUGAGGAAGCUAAAAGAGAUCACAGGUUUCUUUAAAGUGAUAUCAAUAUCUCUUGCCUUAAUUUUUUUUUUUUUUUUUUUUUUUUUUUGCGGGGGAGGGAGUGAUUUCAUCCAGGUUGCAUUUCACUAUUCCUGUGGGGAGGGAGAACAGUUUGGCCUGUCUUGGCCUUUUAUUUAUUUUCCAACUCUGACCUCAUGCCUCCAUGAGUAUCAAACACAUUUGUUUCUACAUCUAAACAUUGGGACUACUCAAAAUCAUGUUUUUGCAAGAAUGCAUCCUUCCAUUUGAAUAAUUGUGGUUGCUUAAGUCGAUUGAAGUUGAUGCACAGCCUGAGGAUGUUCAAGCCCUGUUGGAAGGGUUGUGGGGUUUGUUUUUUUGUGUGUGUGUGUGUUUUUUUUUAAAUGUGUUUGGUGGCCCUCUUUUGUCAUUAUUUGGAAGGCUUAAACUUUGCCAAGUAUAUGGCUCAUAGGAAAUGCGCGUACUCCUUACAGAAAAUAUUUGAAGGUGGAUGGUGAAAUAGAUUGUUGGUGCACCAAUCACCUCCACAGAGGGUUUUGUGGAGGUCAAAAAACAGGACAGGUUUUCGUUGUUUUUUUUUUUUUUAAUAAAAUAAAACCAUGUUUCUACUAAGUACUGUAAAAUAAAUGCUUUUGGAUUGUAAAAUUAAAGCUGCUGCAGGAAAAUGAA